GCUGCUCCAGCGGGGGGCGUGACUCGGCAGCCGGCGAGCUUGAGGGGCGUGGCUUAGUUGGCAGUCCCGCCCCCGGCGUCCUCGCGGCGGUGGCGACGGCCGCUGCUGAGGUGGGCAGUCGGUUGGAGGCAGCCGGUGUGUCGGUUGGUGUGAUGGCGUGCAGCGGUCCUGUGACGGGUUGCGCGGCGCGGCGGCCACUGCACUCGGCCCGGGCCCCGGACGUCGCUUCGGCCUCCAACUUCCGCGCCUUCGAACUGCUGCACCUGCAUUUGACACUGCGGGUAGAGUUCGGGCCGCCGGGCCCGGGCCCCGGCAGCCGCGGCCUCAGCGGCACAGCGGCGCUGGAAUUGCGCUGCCUGGGGCCCGAGGGCGCUUCCGAGCUGCACCUAGACUCGCACCCCUGCCUCGAGGUGACAGCGGCGGCCUUGCGGCGGGAGCGGCCCGGCUCCGGGGAGCCGUCCGAGGAACCCGUGCCCUUCCACACGCGCCCCUUUGCCCACUACGGCCAGGCACUGAGCGUGGCCUUCCCGCAGCCCUGCCGCCCCGGGGAGCGCUUCCAGCUGCUGCUCACCUACCGCGUGGGCGAGGGGCCCGGGGUUUGUUGGCUGACUCCAGAACAGACAGCAGGGAAGAAGAAGCCCUUUGUCUAUACACAGGGUCAGGCCGUCCUCAACAGAGCUUUUUUCCCCUGCUUUGACACCCCUGCAGUGAAAAGCAAAUAUUCUGCCCUUAUUGAGGUACCAGAUGGCUUUACAGCAGUGAUGAGUGCUACUACAUGGGAAAAACGAGGCCCAAAUCAGUUCUUCUUCCAAAUGUGUCAGCCUAUCCCCUCUUAUCUGGUAGCUUUGGCUGUUGGAGAUCUGGUUUCAGCUGAAGUUGGACCCAGGAGUCGCGUGUGGGCUGAGCCUUGCUUGAUUGAAGCUGCCAAGGACGAGUACAAUGGUGUGAUAGAGGAAUUUCUGGCAACAGGAGAAAAACUUUUUGGACCCUAUGUUUGGGGAAGAUAUGACUUGCUCUUCAUGCCGCCCUCUUUUCCCUUUGGGGGCAUGGAGAACCCCUGCCUGACUUUCGUUACUCCCUGUCUGUUGGCUGGGGACCGGUCCCUGGCAGACGUUAUCAUCCACGAGAUCUCUCACAGCUGGUUUGGAAAUCUGGUCACCAACGCCAACUGGGGCGAGUUCUGGCUAAAUGAGGGUUUCACUAUGUAUGCUCAAAGGAGAAUCUCCACCAUCCUCUUUGGUGCUGCUUAUACCUGCCUGGAAGCUGCCACAGGGAGGGCACUCCUUCGGCAGCACAUGGACAUCACUGGAGAGGACCACCCGCUGAACAAACUUCGAGUAAAGAUUGAGCCAGGUGUUGAUCCUGAUGAUACCUACAAUGAAACCCCUUAUGAGAAAGGAUUCUGCUUUGUCUCUUACCUGGCCCACCUGGUAGGAGACCAGGACAAGUUUGACAACUUCCUUAAGGCCUAUGUCAAUGAAUUCAAAUUCCAAAGCAUCUUGGCUGAUGAUUUUCUAGAAUUCUACUUGGAAUAUUUCCCUGAACUGAAAAAGAAGAGAGUAGAUUCUAUACCAGGCUUUGAAUUUGAUAGAUGGUUGAACACACCAGGAUGGCCCCCAUAUCUACCUGACCUCUCCCCUGGUGACUCGCUUAUGAAGCCUGCGGAGGAGCUGGCCCAGCUUUGGACUGCUGAGAAUCUAGACCUAGGAGCUAUUGCUGCUGUGGAUAUCUCUACCUGGAAGACCUACCAAUUAGUCUAUUUCCUAGAUAAGAUCCUACAGAAAUCCCCUCUACCUCCUGGGAAUGUGAAACAAAUGGGAGAGACAUACCCCAAGAUCUCAAAUGCCCGAAAUGCAGAGCUGCGCUUACGUUGGAGCCAAAUUGUCAUCAAAAAUGACCACCAGGCAGAUUUCAAGAAAGUACAGGAUUUCCUACAGAGUCAGGGAAAACAGAAGUAUACCCUUCCACUGUACCAUGCCAUGAUGAGUGGCAGUGAGGCAGCCCGCCUCCUAGCCAAAGAGACCUUUUCUACCACCGCCCCCCAGCUCCACAGCAAUGUUGUCAAUUAUGUCCGGCAGAUCAUGGAAUCGAAGAGUUAAGAGCUCCAGGCUGGGGCCCUUACCUCCUUUAGGUGUCAUGGACCUUCAGAAGAAUGGUGUAUCCCCAUUCUCCGUUUUUCCCACGUGGCUGACGUCUUUUAUUCCAGGACUCUGCUCUGCAUGGGAACUUCCCUGAAAGCUGAAUUCUGGAACGGGGAGUCUUCCCACAGUUUUCAGCAGGUUAUGGCAUGAGUUGGGGGAGAAGGCAUUUCCACUCUCCCUUGAUCUGACAUAGGAAGAAGAGAGAGUGUUGUGCUGACUCUUCAGGUGCUGGGCAAAGGGUUGGCAGCUUGACUAUUUUUCAGGUUCAGUAUUUUAAAUAAAAUUUUUAGAUGAAAAA